AUGCGACGAUCUGUCUCCAGGCGUUUUGAAGGUGUCACCCAGCAACCUCUUUGGGCGCACGAGUGGUCCACUGGACUGGACGGACUCGGCGAGGUCGGAGUAACCUCAAACUUGACACGUGAAGGCACGUCCGGUCGAGUCACAUCGCAGCACGGUCUGCACGGCGCACGUACUCCCAGGAGUCGACUCUCCACCGUGCACGCCUGCUUCGAGUGCUUCGGUGGUGUGACCGGACCUCCCAUUGCCGGUCAAAGUGCCGAGCUGCCGAUGAUGCUUCUCGAGAGCUCUUUGUUGAGACGCAGCAAGAAGGACGAUAGAGCCUUCCCUGUUGAUCACCAAUGCUCUUAG